AUUGCAUAUGUGCGCGAUCUAUGAUAUCUUAAUUUAUAUAAUUUUCUUUCAGACACUUGUUUAUAUGAUGGUUCGUGUAUCAUGUCUCCUCUUGUUGGUCGUCGUCGGUGUAGUGAUUGCCGACGAGGAUUGUUCCGAACUUGGAGACUGCGAUUGUGGUGAUGUUUGCCAUGACGGCCAUUGUGUAGAAGGUUGCCACGUGUAUGACAUUUUCAUUGCCGCCGGCGUGAAGACGAAGGUAUACGGUCGGCAAUGCGAGUGUGGGGCUAAACCAGAUGCUGACGGCAGGUCCAUCAUGUGUAAUGACGACGAGUCAUUCGAAGGUAACCCAGUCGGUUCAAUGAUGUACUCGCCCAAUCCACGUUGUUACCCCCACCCACAUACGGAAGACGAAACACCCGCUGUCAAAACUACAGUUGCCUAGAUUGAACAAUGAUGCUGUCAUUCAUAGGAAUAUCACAGAUUUCAAUCUUCUACAUAUAUCGGAUGUGAACUUUUCUUAUCAAUAUCGGUCACAGA